AGAAGCCAGAAGCUUAAAAAAAAGUGAAUGUUAAUUACCUACUGUGUGUUUUGUUUUCUGAUAUAUCAACGCGAGUAGCCGGCUUGGCUUGCGUUUGUACGUGUACGGUUAAAUUAAACUACAAUUAUCAAACUGUAUCAUAUCGUAAUAUAAUAUUCCUGGACAAAAGUAUAAAAUAAAAAUUGAAAAACUAGCAUCAAGACAAAAAUAAAGUGAUAUUCGUAAAGCUUUUACAAAAAGAUUAGCAAUGUUUUGCUACGGACGAAAAUUAAAAUAAAAUAAUAAUCCUUUUUCUUGACAUCUGUGAUAAACAAGUAUUUUUUUAUAUAACUGUGAAUGUUUCUAACGUAUAGUUUAGUUUGUUUAUUUUAAGUAUUACGCGAGUAAUGAUUUAUAAAUUAAAUAAUAAAACAAGACGCAUAUAGACAUCUAUCAUCACAAAAUGUGGGAUAAAAUAAUUUAUAUGUUUGUGAUAAUACUCGCCACUUACAUUUUGAAACAACUAUUUUCUGAAACUCCUAAUUAUGUUAAAUUUCAAUCGAAGUUUCUAGUGUUCUACAUAUGGUCAUCGUUUGUGGCAUUAUUCACUUUACCAUUUUUUGUAUUCAGACCAAAAAAUGUCAAAAACUCCCUAUGUGGUGCACAGAUAAUAAAACAUGUUACCAAACUGAUUGAAGUAAAAUGGCAUUUACGAAAUGGUAAAAUUCUGGCAGAAGACAAAGGUGCUGUUAUCAUAUCAAACCAUCAAUCGUCACUUGAUAUUUUGGGUCUGUUUAAUGUUUGGCAUGUGGCAGUGAAAGUAGCUGCUAUUGCUAGAAAAGAGUUAUUCUACAUUUGGCCAUUUGGACUGGCAGCCUAUCUUGCUGGUGUGGUGUUUAUUGACAGAAAUAGUACAAAAGAUGCAUAUAAACAACUUAAGAUAACAUCAGAUGUAAUGGUAAAAAACAAGACUAAAAUAUGGAUAUUUCCUGAGGGAACCAGAAAUAAAGACUCAAGCAAAUUGCUACCUUUCAAGAAGGGUGCUUUCAAUAUAGCAGUUGCAGCGCAAGUGCCGAUUAUACCAGUUAUCAUAUCUCCAUACUACUUUAUAAACAGAAAAAAGUAUAUUUUCAACAAAGGACAUGCUAUAAUUCAAUGCUUAGAACCAAUACCCACAAAGGGUUUGAAAAUAGAGGAUGUACCUGAGCUCAUUACCAAAGUGCAAAAUAUAAUGGAAAUUGCUUACAAGGAACUUUCAAAGGAGGUAAUCAGUGCCUUACCACCAAAUUACCCUCUUGCUAGUCAGCACUGAAAUGGGAUAUUUCUGCUAUCAUUUUAUAAAGAAUUUUUUGGCAUUAACAUUUUCUAUAGAGAUUGUUCCUUUUUGAACUAACUUUGUAUGUUGCUUUGUAUUGAUAGUUAUUUGAAUUUGAUUUCAAAAUGAUAACCAUAUUAAAAUAAAUAUUGCCAUCAAUGGAAAUGUAAAUCGGAAAAAAUUUAAUUAUAUGAUGUAAAUCUUUUUUAACAUUUGAUAAUGCUGCUGUAACGAAUUUAUGAUUUGUGAAAAAAUAUUGUGUGAUUAUGUGCAAUAUUUCUUUUAAGAUGUAAGUACUCAGUUGAAAUUAUAACAGUCAAGUCAAUAAAAUUACCGCCAUUUUUAGGUUUGAAUUGCCACAUAUGUUAAGUUCUAUAAAUUUAAGUUAGCUUUAAGUAUAUCUACAUAGCUCAUAAUUUUUUGAAUAUCUAUGUUAUCUAUUAUUUUUAAAUUGGUCCAAUCUUGAACAAUGCGUAUUAAUAUUUCUCUUAACUCGAAUACUCGAAUUGCUAUGGUUCAGAAUUAGAUCUAUUGUAAAUGUUCAUUUACUAAAUAAUUUAAAUAUUCAUCGGCAUUCCUAUAUAAAAAGUAUUUUAGUUUUCAUGAAAGUUAUUCUUCAUAGUUAGAUUUUUAUUGCUAUCAUAGAUGAAAGGCAGACAAUUUUAAGACUAGUCAUUAAAUCAAACGUUUUGAAAUACUACCAUAUAUAAGUUAAUUGAUUCGGAGCAAUGCACUAGAGGAAUACAAAAGAGAUUCGAUUUCAAUGACGCUUACAACUUUCGUAGCCACUCACAGAAUAUCAAUGACUUGUUCUGUCAUCGCUUAAUUUAUUUUAACUUGAUUACAUACAUUUCGGUUUUACCUUCAAAUAUUGUGCAAUGUGCAAUUGAUGUUAGUUUCUCUUGGCAAGUAGCAACAUAUUCGCAAACCAAAGAUUUCUUUUUUAUAAAUUGGAUUUAGAAAAUGUUUAAGUGACCACGAAUACACUAUAGAGUUAUAGCCAUGUGUGGUUGAUAUACUCGUAAAUAUAUUAUAAAUUAUCUUUUGUCCUACACUUGUAUAAAUUCUAGUAUUUUUAUAAGAUUGACUCCAGUUACUUCUGAAGUGAUUGUAAUUUUACUGUACUAGCUUCAACCUACGGAUUUUAUUUCAUAAUACUCAGAUAAAAUAGCUAUAACAUGUUAUUCGGAGUUUUCAUAAAUUUGCAUGACAUAAAAAAAUCGGUUUAGUACAUUUUGAAUUAAAAAGCGAUAUUCAUUUUUUCAACUCAUAUUCAGAAAUAUCACCUUAAUAUCAGUUAAUCUAAAUGUCAUAGAAAAUUGUAUGUCUAUUAUAUGUCAUAGAAAAUUCAGUUUCUGAAAGUAUGAGAAAUCAAAAAAGUUAAUAAGAAAUAAUAUUUUACUGCCAAUCAAUGCUUUUAUGGCGAUUGAGUUUUUAAUUAAAGUUGAAAGAUUUGCUAGAAUCAUACUUAUAGCUGUUUUAUUGCCUAUUAUGUUUUAAUGUUCCUUGUAAUGUAUGUAUAGUAAUAAAAAAAAUUGGAAAAUAGUUGAUACAAUCAGACUUAUCAAGAUGUCACGAACCUUUACAAAAAUAUAACAAAAUUAGCCGUUCGUCCCGUUUCAAUCUACUUGCUGAAAAUGAAUAUCAUUUUACACUAAAUAAUGAUUAUAUGCGUCAAAGAAAUCGUUUUUUUCAAACUGGUGACAUUGCCGUAUGUACGAUAUACAACUAUGCUCGCCUACCGCCUAUCAAAAAUUUUGUCGUAUUUUUUUUGGUGUUCUAUUGUGUGAUUAAAAACAGCCUUCGGCGGAGAUUUACUUUGGACAAUUUUUAGCUUAAUUGCGAGUCUAGUUGUUUUUUUGUACGUGAAUACUUUUAAAUGUCGUGAAAUAUCGAUUGGAUGAAUAAUCAAUUGAGGCUCGCAGUACUUUACGCUUAUUUUUAAACUUCUACAUAAAACCAAUGCUGCAUUUUUAUAAUGAACUGACUAAUUUUAUAAACCUUAUUUAUAGAUAACUCUGACAUUCGUUUUAUAGUCGAUAAGUGUGUGUAUGCGUAUUUGUAAUCUAAUUAUAAACUAGACUUAAAAAUCUAUUUACCUACUAGUUAUACUUUUUUAAAUAUAACAUCUCUAUAUACUCUGUGAAUUUUAAAUUGUAUGAAUAUUAAAUUUUAUAAUCAGUAUUUUGUAGUAGAUUUUAAAAGUAAUUUUUGGAAAGGAUGUACCUAAAUUGUAUUAAAGAAUUGAAUUUGUACUCUGAUAUUGUGUGUGUAGUCAAAUGUAAAGCGUAUUUUUAAGAUUUGUAUUAAGCAUAGUUUAAUUUUUAUUAAUCUCUUAUAUUAAUACGAAACGAUCUAGUGAACGAUUGAUCGUUAUUUGAUAUCUUUUUUUCAAAUUCCAUUAAGUAUUGAGGGAACGAUAAAACAUCUCGAUAUACCAAAUUUAGUAACAGAAAAAGUGUAAAUGAUUUGUAUUUAGAAAUAUUAGACUUGCAUAGUGUUAUUUCACUGAAAUUGUGGAUUUAUAUAAGGAACAAAAACAGAAUUUGUGACAAUGCAGGCAACAACUUGAAAGAAAAAAAAAUGUUCUAGUAAAAUAAAUUUGUGCAUUUCUUAAUUAAAUGUAAUUACAAAAAUAACUUGAGACGAUAUCUACUAGUCCAGUCAUUUGAUUAGAAAAUGUGUGGAAACUUUUUCGGGAGAGUUUUAUGUCGUAAUUAUAAGAAUAACAUGUGUUUGCAUACAAUAGUACGCUACUCACUGUUCAUAUGUCGAAACUAUAUUUAUAAAAAAUCUAGCUUUUUCCACUCCUGCGGGAAUGAGAUGUUUCACCGCGGCAAAACAUAACCCGUGUGACUAACUUCCUCAAAUUUGUUUAUAAGUUGGGUACAAAUAAAUAAAUAAUAAAAAAAAAUGCCCGGGGAAGAUUUAUCCGCGACGCCGGGAUAAUAACACUGCGGUUCCUGAACGUAGAAACUAUGAACUCCCGAAAACAUUUCUAGGCAAAAUUGUCAGAUGACUGAACUAUGUUAUUGUUAAAAUUUUAAAUAUUAAGCAAAUCUUCAAAAAUAGUGUUAAGUCACAUUUCAAAUUUAAAAACAAUUAUUUUACAAUUUUUUGGAGGAUUAGCGAAAAAAAUAUAAAGGUAGUUUGGUACAGGUUUCAUAUUUAAGCACCUUUUUUGAUUGUCAUAACAGAAAAGAGUGCCUUUUUUCACAGUAACAAGAUGGGAUGAAGUUCAAAAGAUUUAACUAAAUGAAAAUGAAAACAGGAAAGUGAUUAUUACUUAAAUAUAAAUAAAUAAAAACUACAUAAUAUAUCGGCCUAUAACCUUACCAAACAAUGAUAACACAGUUGAUAAUAAUCUACUUUUUAUAUAGUUUUCAUCAUUUUUAUCAAUCGCCUUGUCUUCAUUGUUUAUGUUUUAUUGAGAUCAUACACAAAAACACUUUGACGUUACUUGUGAAUUCAUAUGUGUAGAAAUUCUUACGUUCUAAUAUAGUCUCAAAAUGUUUCAUUACGUUCCAUUUUAAUUUAUAAGUGCUUGAAUGUGAUAUGUACUUGAAUCACUUCGUACGUGUAGUCAGCUAUCAGUGACAGCUAAAACUAUUUUUGUAUAUUUUACCAUUAUGAAACCGAAAUAAAGUGUAUAAAGGA